GCGCUUCGAAGCUCUCUUGCUCCGCUGUCGCUUCUUUUGGCGCCUCGCUGGUCGAAACCAUGCUGACUUUUGGCUCUCAGUCUCGGAAUGCGCAAAUGGCGUAUAACAAUUCCUUCGUGAUGUUUGCCUCGGUCACUGAUGGAUCCCGGAAGAAUGUGCCCCUGACAAGGGUGCAGGACGUCUGGGGUCCUGGGGCAGAGGCACUCCUGGUGAGGAAUUUCCUCAGUGUCAUGGCCGUGCGGAGCCUCUCCCCUUGGCUAAAGGAGCGGAUUCCAGGCGAAUCCCGCGCCAAGGCCGCCUUGUGCGAUGUGAGCAGCUCACUGGUGACGUGCACCGUCACAGCUCCCGUCCACCAGCUCUUCAACUUCUUGGCUACGACUCCAGAGGCAAAACAGGUGAGCCUCGCGCGUCGGGCUAGCAUGGCCAGGAAGUUCUUGCGGGAGCAGUACUUCGUGCCUUUGCCCCGCGAGGUGAUGAUAACCGACUUCAGCCGGCCUCCCCCUCAGCAGGAGUACAGCUGGAGGAUCUCACCUGUAGCCCUCCGCGAUUUCGGGAUGCGGUCGGUCUACAUCACCACCGUCUUCACGUUGUUCGUGGCUUUCGAGCGAACCCUGUGUGGAAGUAUGCGGUGA